UUUUUUUAUCUCAAAUUUAUUUUUACUAACAUCAUUCCGCUUCAAAUCACUUCUGCCACUUCUGCAGCGCAAUCUGGGAUUUGAUGGAAUCUUUUUAGAGCUGCAUACUCUUUAACAUAAAAUCAGACAAUAAAAGACUAAUUGAAUUAUCUGUUUAAAAAAAAUAUGAUUUCAAAAGUAUUUUCAGUUGUAAUGGUUAACCAUUUACGUCAUAGCCAGUAGUUUUAACACGAGAGAUGCUGAUAUUCCAUGUGAAAAGCUUCCAGAAAGCCCGGUGUAGCGCUGUGUCUCGGUGGCCCAAUUUCUUGCGGAAUGGAUCAGUCACUUCCUUUAAAUAUUUGCUCGCUACUUAUCUACACAUGUAACGUUGCUUUAAAAACAGCUAAAAAAAAUGAAUAAACAUGGCCAGGGUUCCAUACAGUGAAAGCUGUUGUCUUCAUGGCUUUGUUUCACACAUACUUCAAAACAAUUCUCCAAAGAGAGUCUCUGAAGAAAAAGUUUCAGAAUCAUAGUAGCACAUUUCAAUGUCAUGUCUUUUGCGUGAAAUGACCAGCAACGCCAGCAUAGCCGCAGGUUUGUAGCAAGCAUAUAUGAUGUGUGUAGUAGAUGUAGUUUUGCUGAUGGUGGUAGCAGUAGUAACUCCUCAGGGAGGGGUGUGUACCUUCAUUCCUCUGUGUGUUAUGAUCUCUGUGACUCCAGCAUGACUUUGGUUUGAUGAACAGGGUGGUGUGUUGUCUAUACUAUGGUUACAUCCCAAAUGGACUCAUAUUCCCUAUGUUGUGCACUACUUUUGACCAGGGCCUAUGGGGUUCCCUGGUCAAAAGUAGUGCACUAUAGAGAAUAGGGGCCUUUGGGAUACAGACUAUUUAUGCCUGACUGUCCUUAGAAAUGUUAGCUGGCUGAUUUCAUAGGUCAGCAUCGCUGAUGUAUUGUGUAUCUGAAGAAUGUCGACGUAAUUACAGUACAUUAUGAAGUUCCGUUGUCUCAAGUGCCUGGAUUCAUUCCAACUGUCAUGUUUGUGUCCUUGGAUGUGACCAGGGUUUGCAUCCCAAAUGGCACCCUAUUCCCUAUAUAGUGCACUACUUUUGACCCGUUCCCAUAGGGUGCAAUUUUAGACGCAAUAAUGUUUCUUUCUUCUGCAACAGCAGCAGUAUUUGUUGAUAUUCCUCACCGUUGAUCAUUAACGUACAUGCUGACCAAACCGGCACCGCGCGUGUGUCUGUGUACGCAUGCUGGUUUUGUCUGUCCACACCAGAUGUGUUCAUGACGCGCAGGUUAAAAUACCAAAACCAACUAUAUUCAUUUGGGGCCAGAUCAAAACACAAAUGAAACAUUCAUGGCCAUUUAGGUAGCUUGCUGUUGCUGGCUAAUUUGUCUUGGGAGACUUUGGGUUGUUAUUUUAACGGAAAUUCAUAUGGUCCUUUUUUGUUGUUGCUGGAUCUUUGUAGAAUUCUGACCCAUUUUGAGUGUUACAAAAUUGUGUGUUCUCUACUCCCGAUAAUUAAUCCACAGAUGAAAAGGAGAAACCUAGUUCGUUUUUUGGUCAAUUUUUUAAUCUUGUUCAGAUUUUAGAUGGCGGUUGGCAACCAAAUUUAAGGUGGAUUACCGCCACCAACUGGACUGGAGUGUGGACCUCGUUCAUACAGUAUUUCAAUCACCCACGUGGGUAUAUGCUCGUAAAAACCAAUGAGUAGAUGAGAGUGGUGGGACUUGAAGCGGGUCAAGCGCCUAAAAUAGAACCAAAUUCUAUUUUAGCGCCUGGUUAUGCAGACACGCCCAAGCAGUUUGGAAGAAAUUAUUUAAUAACAUGUUUUGUGUAAAUUUAUCUUGCAACACUCAUUCACGCAACAUGGCCGGUUUGAUCAGCAUGUUAGAGGAUCAACCCUUGAUAAAUACGUUCCAAAGUAAAUAGAUAAUGGACCCAAGUCAGAGUGGGUUUAAUCCAGGCACGCCCAUUAUUAUUAUCUAGACUCUUCUUGUUUAUGAUAUUCCAUAUCCUGAACGGUGCAUCUUAUCUCUGGGUUGUUCAGUUAAUCAGAAGAGAGUGGCAGAAUGGCUUGUUGAUGGAUGUGUUUGAGGUGAAGCUCAGUGGGGAAGGCCAAAUAGCACCCUUUCCCCUAGUUAAAGCACGACAAGGGCCCAUAGCACUCUGGUCAAAAGUAGUGCAAUUUUAUAUAUGGAAUAGGGUGCCAUUUGGGACAUAUACAGUGUCUUCAUGUCUGGCCUUAGCUAGUAGCUUCAUGGUUAUGUAUUGUGAAUGCAGGGAGGGCAGUGUGUCCUGUAUUUGUAAUGAUCUCUACAGCUCUCCUGAGAGGAAUGGGUAUGUGGUGUGUCUAUAGGGAGGUUGGCUCAGCUAGCCUUUUGCAGUGCAGAGUGCUGGUGCCUGCAUAAUGUCACCCUAUUCCCUAUAUAGUUCACUCCUUUUGACCCGGGCCCAUAAGGUUCUGGUAAAAGGUAGUGCACUAUGUAAGGAAUAGGGUGCUAUUUAAGAUGGAUCCCCGGGCUGGCUUAUGUAAUAGAUGGACCUGUGCUUCCAGGCACAUCUCUGCUCAGCCUGCUUUCUCUCUGCCUGGCGUGUCCCAGCUUGAGACUCUUGACAGUGUUAUUGGGGUUGGGAGACAGCAUGAGCCAAACUGGGUCGGCCCUACGGGUACUAGCUAGCACCUCCCCUCACAACCCCUCUGCUUUUGUUGACCGUUUUAGACAAGGCUCAUUCUCCCCCCUAAAAGUUCCCCCUCUGCUGUUUUGGGUGGUCAAUUAUAAAAAUUCUACAAAAUAGAUAUAAUUGCUUUGGUUAAUAUUGUCAAUAACGUAUGAUAUAUUUGUAUAAAAAAAUGUUACAACUCUCCCUUGUGUUAUUAUACAUGUGCAACAGCCUUUUGUUUUCUUACUUGAGGAUGUUGGAUGUCCUUCACUUGAUUUAAUCUCUGCAAUAACCACCACACUGUAACAUCAUGCCAGUGUGGUGGGGAUAUUUAACACUCCAAGUGAGGUAGGCAAUUUUACACUGUAGGAAGCAUCAUCAGACAGUGCUUCCCCAUAGGCCUCACCUUUUCAUUCAGAAUACAAUAGGACAGGGACACGGCAUGGACCGUGAAGUACCCUUCUACACUUGACUGUGCAGUGGGACUGGGCCAGGCGCAUCUAGCAGGGCUGAACACCACCAACAGACUAGGUCUCAACUGGAAAGAGCCAUCCAAAAUAGCCCUGGACAGGAAAAGAUAUGGAGGGACCUUGUGGAGGCCUUGGUGGGACGGAGAGCGAGCCGCAGGAGGAGGAAUGGGAGGCAGAGAGCCACGACUGGUAUUGCUUCGAGUGCCACCUGCCCGGAGACGUGCUGGUGUGUGACAACUGCUUCCGUGUCUAUCACCUCAAAUGCCUGUCUGACGAGUACAAGCCCCGGGACAGUGGAUCCAACUGGCAGUGUGUGGUGUGCAGGGGUAGUAAAAAGAAGAACCUGAACAAGCAGGAGAUGUGCAAAUACCUGCGUUUUAUCAUUCAGCGCAUGAAAGAGAGGGCCGUGGACUUGAACAAGAAAGGCAAAGACACUAGACACCCGAUGUACAGAAGGCUCAUCCACACCGCGCUGGACGUCACCAACAUUCAGGAGAACCUCACCGAGGGGAAAUACAAGAGCUUCGACGAGUUCAAGGCAGAUGCCCAGCUGAUCGUGCACAAUACCGCCAUUUUGUUUGGAGUGCAUAGUGACCAGGCUGAAAUAGCACGGUUGCUCUACAGUGACACAUGCCAUGAGUUAAACGAGUUAAUGCUAUGUAAGAACUGUUUCUACCUGUCCAACGCUCGACCUGACAACUGGUUCUGCUACCCCUGUACUCCUAAUCACGAGGUGGUGUGGGCUAAGAUGAAGGGCUUUGGCUACUGGCCAGCCAAGAUCCUGCAGAGGGAGGACAAUCAGGUGGACGUCCGUUUCUUUGGCCACCAGCACCAGAGAGCGUGGAUCCCGGCAGACAACAUCCAGGACAUCAAAGUGUCGGUGCAACAGCUGCAGGUGAAGCGCAGUGCGGGCUGGAAGAAGGCCUGUGAUGAGCUGGAGCUAUCCCAGCGUUUCCAGAGGGAGGGCCGCUUCUGGAAGACCAAGAUGGUGGAGAGGCUGGAGGAGAGGAGAGGAGACGGAGAGGAGAGGCUGACAGAGAGGCCGGAGGAGGCCGAGUCCUCCAUCUCAUCCACCAGCAACACCAACGAGCAGGUCAAACAUCAGAAAGCAGACAGACAGGCAGACCGAGACCGACAGACAGACAGUCAGGAGCCUAAAGCAAAGAAGAGCCGUCGCGGUCAAGCUCCGGAUCCCAAAGAGGAAGUCAGUGACCCGGAGCCUGAGAUAGAGGCUGUGAGCAGCAGCCAGGAGAUCCCAGUGACGACGCCCCACCAGCCAGAGAAGCUGUCUGUCUCCACGCAGACCAAGAAGGCCUCAGCUGCCUCGCCACGCUGCCUGCACCGCAGCACCCAGACCACCUCUGACGGAGCCUGCCAGAACAUGUGCCACGAGAAGUACACCAAGAUCUUCAACGACGUCAAGGACAUGAUGAAGGCCGACAACAAGAGGGAGACUGAGCGUGUGGUUCGUGAGGCCCUGGAGAAGUUGCGUUCUGAGAUGGAAGAAGAGAAGAGGCAGGCGGUGAGCAAGGCGGUGUCGGGGGCCCAGGCUGAGAUGGAGAGAAAGUGUAAGACGGUGAAGGAGAAGUGUAAGGAGGAGCUGGUGGAGGAGGUGAAGAAGAUGGUGGCCCAGCACAAGCAGCUACUCUCCACCACCAAGAAGAAGCAGUGGUGUUAUAACUGUGAGGAGGAAGCCAUGUACCACUGCUGCUGGAACACCUCCUACUGCUCCAUCAAGUGUCAACAGGAGCACUGGCACGCCGACCACAAACGCACCUGCCGUAGGAAGAGAUGAGCAACCGCACCCCCUACCCUAGCUCGCCUUCCCAUUGGCUCGCCCCACUGUCACUCACCCAACCACACCCCUACCUGCCUUCCUGAACACUUUGUGGACCGAAUCUUUGCUCAACGUCUGAAAAAAUGGUCUCUUCAUUUUAUUUCAUUACAUUAUUAUUUAAUAUACCCAGUGUAUUGAUUUGUUUAUUUUUUUCCCGAAUCAAGACCAUGGCUCGAAUGCAUAGCAUGGUAUGAUUUCUUUUAUUGUGCUAAUUUGACCUAUGUUGGAGAAUGUGUUAUUUAAGUUUGUAAUAACCAAUGAGCAUUAACUGAAUACAUUUUAUUACCUGAAUUUUUUUAUCACUUUUCUUACUGUACAUGUUUAACAAUUAAUAUGACAGUCGAUUUUAAACCGUAAGUACUAUUGCAAUGUUGAAUAAGCUCUGCUUUCAUACAGAAAAUAUUUAAAAAAUGCUAUAAAAAAAACAUGAGGAAAAGAAACUGCAAAACGGUAAGUGUAGAUGACCCAUGAACAUUUAGCAUGAUUUUAUCAUGAACAUAGUUUGGUGAACGGCACCUUGUUUAUUGUUUUUACAUGCAUCUAUCAUCUUCAAGUCACUUAAAACAUCAUUGGGAACAGGGUUAUGAAGUCGGCUAUAAAGAAGCUGACAAAAAUCUUCCGUUUGUUAUUAUGCACAUUUUGGGUUGGCUUUUUGAAUACAUUGUACUUUUUAUGAAUCAAAGAAAAAGUACAACCUUUCUUGGGGGAAUAUAUAGCAAUCUUUACUGAGCUGGAUCUUAGAGAGGUUCCUUCCUAAUUUGACCGUUUGCACAUUUCAUUUCUUUUCAUAACCCAAAUGCUUGUAAUAUUGCCAAAAACAACAUUUGUUGAACCUUAUCUUAACAGAGAAACUGUGUUGCGUGCUGUUUUUUCCCUCCUCCUUUCAUUUUUUAGGUUGGCAUCAGUGUCAUGGUUAUUGUGAUGUUCACUGUAAGUACACUUUUCGAAUACUCAGUGACUAGUUAUGAGACUCUUCACUGCAUAUGCUGUAGUUGGUGGUUAGUUUCUGUUGUUUCAACUCCAUCCUCAUAUUCUGAGUAAAGGGAUGUGCAUGUUUGAUAGUUUCACAUUUUUAUUACUAGGGAAAAAAGCUUGCAGAGUAUUUUGGUUUCCCAUAGACAAUGAAUACGGAUGGACCAAUAUAAAAUAUAUGCAAAUAUGAAUGAUCAGGCUUGUUAUCUUUUAGUCAUUUUUAUUUUUCUCUUGAGUCUGAAUGGUGUGCAAUGUUAUUAUCCUUUUUUUGACUUGUCUUGGAUCAUUUCUUAAAGGGUAAUGUAAUUGCCAAUUUGAUUUUGAACAGAAGUACUAACCAAGAGGCUACUUGGGAAGUAAGACAAUAAUGGAAGUCCAUGUGACUGUUUCCUUAGUUAUGAAGAGCCGACUGAACAGAGGAAAUGUCAUCACCUGCAUUCAUUCAUUUUAUUGCCUAGUUUUGGACACUCAGUUUUCAAUGAUGGCAACUCUCUUUUCCGUUAGCUCUGACAAGUGCAUCACUUUUCAGAACUAACACAAUUAUUUGUAUUAGUUAGAACAAUAUGAUUUAUUUUGAACAUUUUUUUCAAUGUAUUUUUCUCUUUCCUUAACCAUAUUCUACGUUUUGUUAUUUUUCAAUCAGAGAAGCAGCGUAAUGUUUAGAAGUAAUUAACAAACUGCUUGAUUUGGGACAUGUUUGAAUUAUGUUCUCAGUUUAAUACUGAUGCACUCCCUCAGGAGACCAUGAACAGAAUCAUGCAUGUCCUGCACGAAUGCCACAAUCUCUUUCUCUCUCAAUCUCUCAUGGCGUUCUUAACAAAAUCAUAUUCUGUUUGUCAUGGUUGCACUACAUGUAAAUAAACUUGUUCUCUUACACCAUGUAAUUCUCAUGAGAUUAUAAACUACACACACUGAUGGUACAGUCUAAUGGAAGUUAUUUACAUUUCUGAGGUUUGUACCUCCAGUUCCCCACCUGUGCGCUGCCCUCUAUUUGAAAGGCUAAGAGAGAGGACUAAUGUAAUUGUGGAAUUAAGCUAUCUAUAAAUAUGUUAACUUGAAAACCAGCAGAACCCUGCAGUUGUCCCCUCACAUAUGGCCAAUUGUCUAUCUAUUACUGAGGUGACGGACUGUCCAGACCUCAACCACUUGUUACAAACACUUCUUUGUCUGCGCUUUGGAAAGUGUUACAUAGGGGUUAGAUCCAAUUUGUGAAUUCUCUCGGCUUCUACUACAGUAUGUAUUUUAUAUUUGUCCAUCCCUGUAUGAUGCUCAUUUGUGAUUUUCUUUUCCCUAUGUGGAAAUAUUUUGAUGUCAUUCCAAUUUGUGUAAAGUAUUUCUGGUAACUUGCAUGAGUAAGAUGUGUGUAUUACAGUCCUUUUUUCAUGUUAAAAGACAGUUGCACUUCCUGAAAAUGAUGCAAUAUGACAAUGAUAUUUCCUUUUCCUCUGAAAUUUCAGUCUAGCAAAUUUUCUCACCAUUUAAUUGAGUAAACACUAACUUUGGUGAGGAAAAUAAAGUUUACCGUCUCACCCAUGACAACAUCUAUAGGAUUCUUUGACCUGGUCAACUUUUACCCUGUCCAUAUGCACACUAUUAAUAGUGGCUUAACAUUUUUUAUACUCCCGGCAUUUUGUUUUACGCUUUAGCUAGCAAUAUGUAUAUACAUAUAUUCUAUGUGCUAACAUGGAGAAAUAAAUGUAUCAACAAGU